ACACAGCGGACUGUUUUCUCUUCUCUUCAUUUUCACGGGAAGACUUAACGUUGUCAUUUUACGUGGUUUAGCAGAAGAAGCUCGCUGUUUUCUGUCGGUUUUUGUCGAUUCUUGAGUGACAUGUUGCCUGUUUUUAAGGAGUGAAAGUAAGAAACUUAUAAACGCAUCAUGGGGUGAAUGUGACUUCUGAGGAGGAUGAUCAUCCGGUGACCAAACCACAGCAGCAGCACCAUGGUGAAGGAGCGGCUGCCCAGCUGGGUCCUGCAGGACUCGGACGAGGCUCUGGUCCACGUGAACGUCGGGGGUCUGAAGAGGAGCCUCUGCUGCGACACUCUGAAGAAAUUCCCCGACACCAGACUGGGAAAACUGCUGGCCUGUGACUCCGAGGAGGACAUCCUGAAGGUGUGUGACGACUAUGACGUGCAGCAGAAGGAGUUUUAUUUCGACAGGAACCCCGGUCUGUUUCCUUACGUUCUGCACUUCUACCAGACGGGGAAACUUCACAUCAUGGAGGAGCUGUGCGUGUUCUCCUUCAGUCAGGAGAUCGAGUAUUGGGGCAUCAACGAGUUCUUCCUGGACUCCUGCUGCAGUUACCGUUUCCACGACAGGAAGCUGGAGAGCUCGCGUUACCACAGCUGGGACGAGGACAGCGACGUGAGCAGCGUGGACACGUCCGUGGACGAGAUAUCAGACCUCAACAGAGACAUGAAGCACUUCCAGGAGUUUCGGCACGGGAAUAUCAGGAAGUGUUUGUGGCUGACGUUGGAGAACCCGGGGUAUUCGAUCCCCAGCAAGAUGUUCAGCCUGGUGUCCAUCAGCGUGUUGCUCAGCUCCAUCGCCAUCAUGUGCAUCAACAGCAUCCCCGAGACGUUUGAAGGUGAAGGGAAGUUGAUCGACGACCCGACCUCGCAGGCUCUGGAGGUUUUCUGCACCUGCUGGUUCACAUUCGAGGUGGUGAUGCGGCUGCUGCUCGCUCCCAACAAGAGGAAGUUCUUCCACCAGCCUCUGAACAUUAUUGAUCUGGUAUCCGUGGCUCCGAUCUACAUCACGCUGCCUCUGGAGCUCCUGAUGGGAGACGAGUCUGAGCAGGGAGACCUGGGGAGACUCAUUCAGGUGUUGAAGUUGAUGACGGUCUUCAGGGUUUUGAAGUUGGCUCGACACUCGACAGGACUUCGGUCUCUGGGAGCGACACUCAGGCACAGUUACCGUGAGGUGGGCAUCCUGCUGCUGUAUCUCGCUGUGGGAGUCUCCGUCUUCUCUGGCAUCGCUUAUACCGCAGAAUAUGAAACGAACGUGGGUCUGGAAACCAUCCCGGCCUGCUGGUGGUGGGGCACCGUCAGCAUGACCACGGUGGGGUACGGAGACGUCGUUCCCGACACGGUGGCCGGGAAGCUGGCAGCGAGCGGAUGUAUUCUGGGCGGUACGUUGGUGGUGGCGCUGCCCAUCACCAUCAUCUUCAACAAGUUCUCUCACUUCUACCGCCAGCAGAAAGCUCUGGAGGCCUCGGUGAGGAAGAACCACCGGCGGAAAAUCAACAUGAGCUGCGAGAAGGAGCCAGAAGAAGAGGAGGAAGAGGAAGAGGAGGAGGGGGAUGAUGAUACUGAUGACAUGGAGGAGGACGAUAUCGACUAUGAGGACGAUGGAGGUGUGAUUAACUACAGCUACGUGGAGCAUCCAUCUUACUCCUCCACACUGAGGAGGAAGGAGCUGCAUCAGCUCUGAGGAGUGGUGGACAUUUAUCGAGACAAACUAACAAAUGAUAAUAAAAUGUUGAGGAAACCUUUCCGUUAUACUGAAAUUAAGAUUCUUGGGAUUAGACGGUCUUUUAGGGAGUUUAUUCUUGCAAGAAGGUCAAUCGUUACAGAGUCAAGGACGAUAGACUACGAGGACGAAGGAGGUGUGAUUAACUACAGCUAAUAAAGUAUGUCUUCUUCUUCUUCAUCCAUCUUACGGCCUGUCCACACUACAGCUUCAAAAAAAGCUUGGAGCUGGGCUUGUCUGAAGCUCGACCAACAACCAAUCACAUGAAUCUCCCGCC